AUGACUGCGAUGGACACGUCAAAGCUGAACAACGCGCCCGCCGCGAUCCCCAUCCCCGAGCCGGCGCAGCACGACGACCUCCGCAACGCUGCCGACCCCUUCGGUGCUCCCGACUCGGCCUACCUCGACGGCUCGGGCACGGGCGAGCAGCCCUCCCACCCCACCGUCGCCGAGACGGGGGCGUUCAGCCCCGGCCACGGCUGCGGGCCGAUGAGCGGGCAGCUGAAGCGCCGCGAGAGCAAGACGGGACAGCGCAUCAUCCGCCUGGCUUCUUUUGGCGGCGAGGGCCUCGAUGCUAAGCCUGCAGCUGCUAGCCCGGACGACAAGCCGGGCGUGCAGCAGAUGCACCAGCACCAGGCUCAGCAGGGCCAGCAAUAG